AUGCCCAUAUAUCAAUUAGCACUUCCAAGGAGUGUGCUGCCCCGUUGCAGAGCGGUCCGGUAUUCCCGGCUGCUUCAUUCGGCGAGGUGUUACUCCCAGGACUCGCAGCCGAAACCAGGCAAUACCAUUCUUCAGCAACUGAGAAAGAAGCUAGAACCAUUUUGCAACUCCACCAAGGAUAAGCUUGAACAGACAUGUGCACAGGUCAGGUAUAGUUCAAUGCAGCUGCGGUAUCAUCUGGAAAAGGCAAGGGCCUCGGUGCAAGAGGCGAACAAGAAGCUUGUACAGCAAGAGAGGGAGGGAGAGAACUCGAUGCUGACGUUUAAUGACGAUCUCGAGAACAAGAGCAAGAUUGUGGACCUACCCUCUGAGCGGGAGCGUAAACGCCGGCAGUGGUCGCGGAAGCUGGAGUUUUACAUCGAUUCGCUACAAGAAACCAUCUUCACGGCAACCAAGGCAUUGAAUGACGUUACUGGGUACUCGUCGAUAGAAAAGCUGCGCAAGUCGAUAGACAUGAUGGAGACACAGCUGCAGGAGACCAAGAGGAAGCUGAUGCAGCUUCGGGAGGCGCAUAGCGACGCGGUUGCCGUCCGGAACCAGUCACAACGCCAGGUCAACGAGCUCUUGCAGCGGAAGCAUAUGUGGUCGCCCGGCGACCUGGAGAGCUUCACGCGACUGUACAAGGAGGACGCAGACAACGUGCGGCGCCAGGAGGAAGCCAAUGCCAGUCUCAAGGCGAUGGAGGCGAAAGAGGAAGAACUGUCGAACAGCCUGCACCGCGCCAUUCUGACCCGCUACCACGAGGAACAGAUCUGGUCGGACAAGAUCCGGCGCACCUCCACCUGGGGGACGUUUAUCCUAAUGGGUCUGAAUAUACUGCUCUUCUUGGUUGUGCAGCUGUUACUGGAACCGUGGAAGCGCCGCCGCUUGACGAACUCCUUCGAGGACAAGGUCAAAAGAGCGCUCGAGGACCACUCACUCCAGCAUAAUCUGGUGCUCGACCGACUAUCAGACCGCAUCUCCGAAAAAAUUGACGCAGAGAUGGUGCAUGGCAUAGCCCCAGUACCUCUACCAGAGCGAACAGAGCAGCCAGAGCAGCCUCCCGCUGCAACAACCUCCGGCCAGCCGUUAGGUCUGCGCGAGGCUCUGGCGAGCGUAGGAGCAGCCAUUGCUGCCGAGUUCGGCUUUUUUCAAGCCUGGAUCGCCGAUCAUGUACGAGCUAUUGGGGGUCCUACCCUCUCAGCAUUGCAGGGCUUCUCUGGGUGGCCUGUCUUGCACAUAGACCUGUACAAUACCGUCAUCUUCACCUGCGGUAUGCUACUCGGGCUUCUGGUCUCUCAUUAG